AUGUCCUUUGCAAAUCACGGCGGCCCCCGGCCCGGCCCGGGCCCGCACUCGGUGCCGCGGUUGCCGGUGGGUUGUUAUGAUCUGGUUAUUAAAAUUAUUAAGGAGAUGCCCGUGAAUGAAGGUGCAAAACGAGACCAUAUGCCAAAGUCAAUAGUUUAUGGAACACUGACUCCCUCUGCCUUCCAGAAGGAGAUGUCUCUCAGCACCAAGAAGAGGCUGGCCAGAGCUAAGAAGCUGAGCCUGCCUCCGAUUGUCCAGCCUCAAGAGAAGCAUGAGACCUCCCAUCACAAGUUCUCGGCAGCUAACCCACAGCAGAGCUCAUUUCAGCCUUGCCCACCAGAGGUGGUGUUUCAGAACUUCAGCCCUGGUGAGGUCUGUGAAGUGCCGGUGGUUCUGAGGAACAGGGACACGGUUCCUCACCUGCUGAAGGUCACCUUGGAGAACUCACCUUUCUUCCAGCUGGUGGGCCCCAAUCGCGUGUACCGGAAGGUGCCACCGGGCCUCUAUGCGACUGUCCGCAUCCUCUUCCUCCCUGGGAAGAAAAAGGAUUAUUUCCACCAGCUCAUCUGCACCACUGAAAGGGAAGAGUUCAUUGUGCCAAUUUGGGCCAUUGGUGCCCGAGCCAUCCUGGACUUCCCUGACCAGCUGGACUUCUCCAAGUGUCCGGUCAACUACAGCACCCAGAAGACUCUGCUGGUUCGCAAUGUCGGCGACCGGGAAGCUUGUUUCCAGCUGAGCACCCAGAGCCCUUUCUCUGUCACUCCGGCCACGGGAAGUCUGGAUGUUGGCGACUUCAUGCAGGUGACAGUGGAAUUUCAGCCAAAGAAGUCUUGUGACCAUUCCGGGUCCCUUGUUGUGCACUAUGACACAGGUGAAGAGACCCACACAAGCCUUCAUGGAAGAGCUGUGGAUGCCCACAUCGGGCUGGACAGGAAUACUGUGACCUUUGAGAAGACAUACAUCACCAUGUCAAACCACACAACUGUGCUCAUCCACAACCACAGUAAUAUCACAGCCCGCUUCCAGUGGAGGGCUGUUGAUACUGAGGAAGAGGAGGAUCAGCUGAAGCUGAGGCAGUAUCACAGGAUAUAUGAGCUGCAAAAGGAGAAGUUGCAUGAAUUUCUGCAGGAGUGCGGAGUGGACACCACUUGCCGGGAACGCAAUAAUCUUCUCACCCACAGCUUCCAGAGUGAGGUGGAAAAUAUGAGAGAAAAUCCCCUGCUGUUCAAAGAUAACAUUUUCUCCCUUGAGCCAAAGGAGGGUGAGAUCAGGCCGAAUUGUUCGGCUGAAAUCAGCGUGUUCUUCACGCCCCAGGCAGCCGGGUUCUAUAAGCAAGCGGCUUACUGCGACAUCUCAGGCCGUGAGAACAGGCUGCCCCUGGUCCUCACAGGGGAAGGCCUCGGGCCCCGGCUCCAUUUCCACUUUGAGGAAAUGAACAUCGGGGAGGUUUUUAUCAGAGUAACCCACAGAUAUGAGGCGUACCUGGUCAACAAAGGGCCUGUUGAGGCUUCCUUCAAACUCAUCCCUCCAACCACAGCCAUGGGCUCCUCCUGCUUCACCUUCCAGCCCCAGGAGGGCACCGUGGCACCACACAAGCUCCAGGUCAUCCAGUUCUCCUUCUGUCCCACCAUCCUGGGGAAGUUUGAGGAAGAAUUCUGCUUUGAUGUGACUGAAUCCCCUAAGCCUCUGACCUUUACUGUCAGGGGCUCCGUGAUGGGACCCACUUUCCAUGUUGAUGUGCCCGCCCUCAACUUCGGUGACAUCUCCUUUGGUUUUCCUCGCACCUUGAAGUUUUGCCUGUUUAACACCUCCCUGAUACCCAUGGCCUUCUCCCUCUACAUUCCUGAGGAUAAUUUGGGAGAGCCCAGUGUUGACAGCUCUACUCAGAUAUGCCAACCCAGUAGCCAGUCUUGGAGGGAGGAAGGUCUUAUGAGGCCAGAGGAAUUUACCAUAAGUCCCUGCAGUGGGACCGUCCGUGCCCUGGGAUCCCUGGAUAUCAAGGUCACCCUGUGUCCCAACACUGUUGGAGACUACAACCUGGACCUGGUGCUGGACGUGGAAGAUGCUGGCAUGAAAGUGUUGGCACUGCCCCUCAUAGCCAGAUGCAUCGUUCCUCCUCUUCGAGUGCUCAACCCAGUCGUGGACUUCGGGCGCUGCUGUUUGACAGUCCUCUAUGAUGAGAAGCUGACCCUUGUGAAUGACAGCGACUUUCCUGGCUGUUACUGUCUUCUCCCUCAGGAACACAAGGAGGAGGCUGCUGCAUGGUACUCCAGCUCUGCGCCGUCUGGGAUUAUCGAGGCUCACAGCUCGGUGGGGAUUCCAAUUACUGUUGAGGCCCGGUUGCUGGGAGAGUGCAACAUCACUGCUGAGCUGGCUGUGUUUGGGAGACCAGGAUCCCCACUGGAAAUCUGUUUAGAGUGCAUUGGCCAGGGACCUGCUGUCUAUGUCCAUCCCAGGGAGAUAAAGUGUGGCUCUAUCCCAGUCUUAGAAGAUUGUUUCAAAACUCUCCACCUCACCAAUGAGAGUGACAUUCCUGCAAACUUCCAGCUAGAGAUGGUUGGGAAAAGCACCUGCUGGAGGACUGAGCCCAGUAAAGGAGUGGUUCCCCCUAAUUCUGAGGUGUCUGUGGCUGUCAUAGCCAACCUGAAUGACACAGUGAAAUUCCAGGAGAACUUGAAGGUGUUCAUUGAGAACAACCCUGUAACCAUCAUCUCUCUCCAGGCUGUGGGCAUUGGCACCACAGUUGUCACGGACAAACCUCUUGUUCCAAGGCUUGACUUGAAGUCCCACUUCAGCUUUACUCCCUGCUUGUACCACUUCAAAGUGACAAACAGAGGACGGCGCCCCCAGCGGCUGUACUGGAGCACAGAAGGUUUCCGCGCCUUCCGGCGCAGCACUCGUCCCCCCGCCCUCGGUGGCCCCAAAAGCAAAGAUGCUCUCCAGAUCCCCAGACCUGGCAGCCCCGUGUUUAAGCUGCGGCCGCCACAGGUGGACCUGAGGCCAGGCCAGACUGUGGACAUGGUGCUGGAAGGCUGCUCCAGCACUGCCCAGGAGGUGAAGGAGCGGCUGCUGUGUCACGCUGUGGUGGGGAAAGAGACAGCAAAGAAGCAGAUCAUGCAAGUGGAUGUCACCUGCAACUUCAUUCACCCUGUUGUGCAAAUGUCUUCCAGAGCAAUCAGUUUCCGUGUGGAAAAGAAACCCAGCGAUGUCUUGACAUUGCAGUACCAGCCUUUGUCUUUAAAAAACACCAGCUCCCUGCCACUCAGCAUUGUGCUGGACGUGGAACAGCCAUUCCUGAUCUGCAAUGUGCACCAGCGACCCCUCCCUGCAGAUUCCAAGCCUGUGAGAGUGGAUGUAGGGGAGGAACUUCAUCUCUGGAUCCAGUUUAACCCAGCUUAUAAGGACAAUCUGAAUAGCUGGGUGGCAAAGAAGGUUCUCAGCGUGCGCUUCAUGGAGCAUCCUCAUGUGGAGAAGAUCCCUGUUCGGGGAGAAGUCUACUUCCCAAAUCUCCACCUCCAGGCCGAGGCUGUGGACUUUGGCUGCAUCAUAAAUGACACAGAACAAGUUCUGCACAUGGAGAUGACCAACUGCAGCCCACUGCCUGUCAACUACCACUGGUCAUUCCUGACAGACAGCCGGGUGAACACCAUAAGGUAUGAGCAUCAUCCCUGUGCUGCUCUGAGCAUGGACCUGCUCCAGCCUGGUUUUGGAGUGGCUGUUACUGAGCUCACCACACCAACACCCAGCCAGGGGCUGCAUCGCAGGGAGGAGCUGCUCUUGCAGGCACCUCUCUCUCCCACUACAGGUCCACCAUCGUAG